ACAUUUAUCUUCUGUAAAUGUUCCGUCUGGGUCUGUCCAAAACAUGUUUCCUCAAUGAAAACAAGGUGUAUUCUUUAAUCUGUUAUUCAUGUAUAAACUCCGGGAGUGUUUUAUUUGGACAACAACUUACCAUUAGCUAGCAUGUAACGUUAGCUUUUUGUUAGUGGUGUCUGUGGCUCUGCUUGUUGCAAUCAUAAGCUCACACAUGCUGUCACCGCAUUGAGCUGUUACUAAAAAUGGAUAUUUUAGGAGAAGAUGAAUUGCAAGACCUGAAAUGCAAACCCACCGGCCGCUUGGAUAUGAGCCACGGUUUCCUGCACCACAUCCGGAGGAACCAAAUUGCUAGAGAUGACUAUGAUAAAGAGGUGAAGCAAGCCAAAGAGCUUCAGCGGCGGAGGGAAACCAUAACCCCAAGACGACCCCGGCGGCCUGAUAUCCAAGUGUACCAUCCUCGAUGCGGACGUGAGUUUGAUGCACUUUGUUAUUAUGCGUUUGCCAACAGUACAUCCACGAAAGACAUACGUAUGCUUAUUUUCCAGAUGGAUCAGAGUCAGGGGCCGGUGCUGAGGCUGAAGAGUCUAAUGAGAGCGAGUCAAGCACAGAGACAGAGACCCAUGGUACAGAACUCUUCUGGCUCGACUAUCAGGCGGACUCGGGAGGAUAAGCCUGAGACGGUGGUGGGUCGUGUCGCAGAGAAGAACAUCCUGGAUUCGGCCAUGAGGGCCGCUCUAAAGGCUCGAAUUCAGAAGGAAAUUGACAAAAGACGAGACAAGCGAUGAGGGAUAAUCUCAAACAGUUGACUAUGACUAUAAAGGAGCAAUAGACAGAGGAGCAAUACUUCAUCUGCAGUCCUGCACUUCGACAUAGCGUUCACGCUGUGGACAAUGUUGGGGACAUAAUGAGGACUCUGGAACUAUGUACAGUGACUAUCGGCAGAGAUCCAACUUGAUGACCCACAACUAAUCUGGCUUUUGGAUUGGGAGGAGGAGGAACGGCACUUAUCGACGACAGUGUGGUUGGGAGGACUGCCAGGUUCACCUUGCAUUGUUACCUCACACUCACAUUCAUAAGUUUAAGGACACGUUGUACUGCUUCAAGUUGACCGGACCUGGGAAAUGACAUUGUUGCUUUCUCAGUUCGAUUCAAAAAAGCAGUAUGUACUUUUCGACAGAGCACGGUUAACCUUCCUCCUCUGUUGAACAUGUCCUGUGUUUUUGUGUUUACAAAGAUCUAGCUUUUAUAAAUAAGAUGAAAUCCUUUUCUUUUUUUUAAUGCUGUGAACGGAACGUCAGACUAACAGUGAUUCUGUGUUUAGAAAUGUUAGACGACAGUUGUGUUUCCAGUGUGGCUGUAGCCAUGAUAACGUGUUUGUGUGGCAACUGUGUUUCAUUGUUUUUAGUAUUCUAAUUUAUUUUGGAUUUUUUAAAUACUUUUAUUUUUGAUACUGAAUAUUUUUCACGGACAUGAUUCUUUACGUACAAAACAAAUGACACAUAUAUAUAAAAGCCAUUUAUUACUGUCCAAUUGUGUCUGGAUGUGCACUUGUGGAAUUGAACAGCCAUAAAAUGUGAAUGCUUUUUCUUAGUGUCUUGAUGUGUUGUAAAAACUCUGUGUGGGAGGAAAAUACUUUCUAUCCAGAAAUAUACAUCUAGUAUUGGGGAUUCAACAAAAUACUGUGUCAAAUGCAGUUGACUGAUAAAAGUGUUUCACAUCCUCA